AUGUCUACCGUCCCUCAGGGCCCUGUCGAGGCACGAUCACUUUCGUCAGUCACCGCUAUCGCAUCGAAUCCCCCCGCCUACCCACGCAAUCCCACCCACCAGAAACACGAACCACUGUCUCUAUACAUUGUGCGUGUGCCAGGAAGUAAAGACAUUUUCCUCUCGCCUCUCAAACCACCAACCAAAUCUAGUGUCUCUGCCGAGGCAAUCAAUGCCUCUCUCUACUAUCUCCAUGUCGCGACCCCCGAAGAUGAUACCCUGCUCCAGCAAGUGGAGGAAGAGCGCGAAGAGGAGGCCCAAUUGCACAAAGAGCGCCUCGAGCAAGCAGGCGCCGACGACCCAGCAUAUCGCGAGUUCGCGCGGCUGAACAAUGUGCGCCGGAAGCCAGUAGGUGGAAAAGGGGAGCUCAACUCCGAGCCUUUGCCGGCACCGCCUCAACAGGAUGUCACUGCUCCUCCGGUUUUACCACCACGUCCAAGCCCAGUGCUGCAGGACGACAUUGCCCCUUCAACAUUGCCACCGCGCCCAGUCUCUAUAUUGCAGGAUGGCAAUGUUCCUCCGGCCUUGCCACCGCGUAUAAUCCCUAUGCCGCAGCUUACUGCGGAGAAUGUAUCAUUCUCUGGCACUCCAGUCGCCAAUAUACAGCCUCCUUUGAGCACUAAUAUACCCAGAGGAAUAUCGGUAGAAUCGGGUGGUAAUAGCCCUGUUCGACGGCGACCAUUGCCUCCCUUGCCGCCAGGUGAAGAGUCAUGGACCAAUCCUGCAGCAGGCGAGGACCCGUCUAAAAGGACGUCCCGAUGGGGCGCGUUUGCCGAAAAUUUGCAAAGUCGGGGAGAGACCUGGAAGGAAAAGUACGAGGCGAAAUACGAGGCAAUGUCGGCUGGCCGUCAUAGCCUUGAUGCCCCUAGACCGCAAUUGAGGCCUCGUUCUUCACAUAACCGUACCGAAUCGCCAUUAGGAAGCCCUGGGCAAUCUCCGAACCGGCAUAGAAACGCCCAUGGGAAUUCGCAUGGACACCCUCCUGGCAAUAAUGCUGGCUUUCAUAUCACACUCAUUCGACGUGAUCCCACGUCCGGUACACAAUGGAAUGUGGCAACUAUAUCAACUCCGCGAAUGGACCUCAAUACUGUCGAUAUCGAGAUUUCCACGCCGGGAUAUAACCGGUUCGCAGGCUCUAAUGAGAUGCCUUCACUAUCCAGCCUGGCAGCCAAUCUCCCGCUAGGAAUCGGACGCCUACCCAGCUCUAGCAUUCCCCAAUCUCUACCCAUAGAGCAACCAAAGGAGCAGCCAACCGGUCCACGCAAAUUCCACCGCCAGCUCUGCGUAUCAAAGCCAUAUUAUGACUCCCUUGGCACAGAUUGCAACAACGGCCAUGCCCCAGAUGGCCCGUCCUCAUCCUCCAAGCUCAAAAGCGGUUACUAUGUCUUCACUUCUCCGUGGAAUGGCACAUGUACCUUUACAAACAGCGUGAAUGGCCGAAGCCUCAAAUGUAAACACAUGAUCUCAACACCUGGCGGCUCCAUCGCCCCCAAUGGCGAAACAGAAGCACCCCCCGCCGUAACUGUCGCCGAGCUCCGCUUCAACACCCCCUUCCAAGCAGCAAAUCUCCAUUCCCACGCUCACCACGCAACCCACAACCCCCAUCCAAAUCACCUCUCCCCCUUCACUCAAAGUCAAAUUCAGUCUCUCCCCCGCUCAAACGACAACCCAAACGACAACAAUCCCAGUCUUGACGGAGGACCCCUCCAAUCAGCCUCCUCCAAUAACAACUACGCAUCCGCAAAGCGCAGCUCCAUCUCCCACCUCCUAAACCCAAACACGUACGCCCGGCCCCGCGCACACACAGGUCCAGGCCCGCCCCCUCCUGUCCACGCCUCAUCCCCCACAGACCCCCGCCAAAGCUUCCACCCCGCAAGCCUCCUCCGCAGAACCUCUCAGCGCGCGCAGCGCUUCACGCGCCAGGGCCAGUUACACCCCGUUUCCCAGUCCCGCUCACACCGCCGCAGUGCGAGUAAUAGUAGUGGUGGGGACCUGGAGUAUGAUUCUGAUGAGGAUCGCUUGGAUUUCUCGCUUGCGAGGGAGCCUGCUGGUGGUGGGUUAAGGGGCAAGAGUGCGAAACUGGGGAAGUUGGUUAUUGAGGAUGAGGGGAUCAAAAUGCUUGAUCUGGUUGUUGCAGCUUGCAUGGCUGUUUGGUGGAGAGGGUAUUAUUAUUGA